GGGAGGACAAGGCUUCGAAUUCAUGCGACGAACUCGGUUCUCCUAAGUCAUGGAGAGUUUAUUUGACUGGUUUCGAUUUACUUUUUGUAAUGUAACUAGCACAAUACAAUCAACUCUUUCAAAGGAGCGAUAAAAUGUAGUGGUGGCGUGGUUAUCAGAUGAUAUAGAGGAAUGAGAACAUUUUAUCGGUGGAUUAUCAGCAGGCCCUACUUUGUAUCAUAGAUCUGUCAAAUCAGCUGACAGUGGUUGUCUGUGUGUGCAUGUGUAGAUAUGGAUUGAUUUGAAGCCCUGAACAACACUAUUGUUAUAGUGGGUUGGCUUUGCACUCUGUACGAAUCAAACUGAAGCUUAGGGUUAGAGAGCUGAGGGGAGUGUCACUCGGCCUGGCUAUACUGAAUCUAAUUCUGUUUUGAUCAUGGGUAGGCCUAAUGAUCAGAGAUCGUCGGAUCAGGAUAAUUAUGUGGUGUUUCUACAGCCAAAGUCAGUUGCGAAUGCCAAAGCUAAUGAGGAGUUCGGUGCCUUUCUGAGGAAGCAACAACAAAAACAGAGAUGGCUGUUAGCAGCUGGUGUUCUCAUGGCUCUCUUCAUGGCAGGGUUAACUGCCACAGCCAUAUACACUCUGAUCCAAUCCUCCUGUCCGAAUUUACAUAAGGAAUUAACAACUUCAUCAACAGACCAAGAUAUGUAUUCGCCGAUAUACCAACAACUUGACAGGCAUCAGUUGAAACAUGAUUUUGAAGUGGAUGUAAUAGAAGUUGUCGUAGACCCAGAACUCAGCUUGGAUUUGCCAUUUGAAAGGCCUGACAGCAAACAGAAAACUUCCGGCAUACAAAAACAAAAACAGACUGUAGGAGCCAGCUGUAGUAUUAGUGAAGUCGGCUCCCGUUUUGACUGUAUGCCUGGUGCAGUAGACCUGACAGAGGCUGAGUGUGUAGACCAAGGCUGUUGCUGGGAUUCCUCAGUUCCCUCUAUUGUUCCACACUGUUACUACCCAUCAGAUUUCCCUUCCUACAAAGUGACCAGUAAUCAGCCGUCUGGAUUAGGCUACAGCUUAAAGGUCUCCAGGGAUACACCAACCAAAUGGCCGAACGAAGUCAAAACUCUGGCUGUAGAUGUUAUGUAUGAAACAGACGAGAGAUUACGACUACGAGUCUAUGACCCAGCUACUGCACGCUAUGAGGUGCCUCUUGUUGUACCCAAUGUUGACACACCUGCUCGGAACCCAGCUUACCAGGUGAAACUGCCAGACCCAGGGAUGACCUUUUCUAUACGUGUAACCAGACCAGGAUCUCAAAACCUUCUGUUUGAUACCUCCAGAGGUGCUCCCCUCAUCUUUGCUGACCAGUUCAUACAACUUAGCACACAACUUGGAUCUGACUAUUUAUUCGGCCUGGGGGAGCACAGAGGUACAUUUUUGCACAGCCUGAAUUGGACUAAGCUGGCUUUCUGGACCAGAGAUCAGCCUCCUGAACCUAAUCUGAAUUUGUACGGAGACCACCCUUUCUUCCUCGGCCUGGAUAGCCAGGGCAGUGCUUAUGGUGUAUUCCUCCUCAAUAGCAAUGCUAUGCAGGUGGAUCUACAACCAAUGCCAGCAUUAACAUACAGGACAAUUGGAGGAAUACUUGACUUCUACAUCUUCACUGGGCCCAAACCUGAUGACGUGCUCAGACAAUACACUGAUGUGAUUGGUCGACCUACUUUGCCUCCCUACUGGGGAUUGGGUUUUCACCUGUGUAAAUUUGGUUAUGGAAGUGCGGAUGAGCUGAAGAAAAUUAUCGCGAGAAAUAGAGCUUCUAAGAUACCUUAUGAUACACAGUGGAAUGACAUAGAUUAUGCCAGAGCAGAUUUAGACUGGACUUAUAGCAAAGCAACUUAUGCUGACCUGCCAGACAUUGUGCAGGACUUACAUGAUAAUGGCCAGCAUUACAUCAUGAUUGUGGACCCAGGGAUCAGCUCCACACAGCCUACUGGGAGUUACCCACCUUACGAUGAGGGUCUACAGGAGGAGCUGUUUGUGAAAAAGGCAGAUGGAUCCGGUCCUCUAAUGGGCAAGGUUUGGCCUGGACCCACAGCAUGGCCUGAUUUCUUUCAUCCGUCUGCACAAGACUGGUGGUACAGACAAGCUCAGAGUUACCAUUCACAAAUACCUUUUGAUGGAAUGUGGAUCGACAUGAAUGAACCAUCCAAUUUUGUUGAUGGUUCUGUAGAGGGUUGCCCUGGAAAUAGCAGUUUAGACCACCCUCCCUGGAUGCCAGGAGUUGCACAAAAUAGUCUGAUGGCCAAAACAGUGUGUCCCUCAGCUGUCCAGUUUGUCUCAUCGCAUUACAACCUGCACAACAUGUAUGGCUUCAGUGAGGCACGGGCUUCACACAGGGUGUUGGAGAAGCUGAGGGGAGAGAGGAGUGUGGUGAUCACACGGUCCACAUUCCCUGGAACUGGGAGAUAUGCUGGCCACUGGCUGGGAGAUAACCUCUCCUCCUGGCUAGAUCUGUACUACUCCAUUCCAGGUAUUCUGAAUUUCCAGCUGUUUGGUAUCCCUUUAGCAGGCGUAGAUAUUUGUGGGUUUAGAGGGAAGACAAACCCUGAGCUUUGCACGCGCUGGAUGCAGCUUGGGGCCUUCUAUCCUUUCAUGCGAAACCACAAUGACCAUGGCAUGCAGGACCAGGAUCCCGGUGUGUUUGACAAGACAACCCAGGAUAACAUGAGACCUGCUGUCAAUGCUCGCUACAACAUGCUGCCCUAUCUUUAUACCUUGUUCUUCUACAGUAGUAUGAAUGGUUCAUCAGUAGCCAGGCCAUUGAUGUUUGAGUUCCCUUCUCUACAGACAUAUUACAUAGACAAACAGUUCAUGUGGGGGGACAAACUUCUUAUAUCUCCAGUAUUAACACAGGGAGCUACAUCAGUGUAUGCCUACAUUCCUGCUGGAAUUUGGUACGAUUACUACACUGGGGCUGAGGUCAGAGGUCAAGAUACAUUUGUCACUUUGGAUGCUCCAAUAGAUAUGAUAAACCUUCACAUCCGAGAGGGAGCCAUUAUACCCACGCAGCCCCCUAAUGUCACCACUACACUGGCGAGGAAGGGAAAGUAUGGUUUACUGGUGGCCCUGUCCGACUCCGGAGAGGCUGAUGGGGAACUGUUUGUGGAUGAUGGAGUAUCUCUAGAAACAAUAGAGUCUGGAAGCUAUUCCUUCUUUACCUUCAGUGUCAGGAAUAACCAGCUGACAUCUUCCGUCAAACAAUCUAAAUAUCACCCGGACACUGGAAUCCUCCUGGGAAGAUGCAGACUCAUGGGCCUCAAGUCUAAACCAGACACAGUCAUGGCUAAUGGAGCCUCUGUGCCAUUUUCAUUUAAUGCCACUAUCAGUGUCCUUAAUUUGGAGAACCUAUCCCUUGACUUGAUGUCAAGUAUCACUAUACAGUGGUAGAGUUCUGAAGAGUUGGAGAAGAUGGUUUAUCAAGCCAGGCUUUGAGUUUGAUCCCCAUUCUAGUCAGGGUUUGGAAUCAUACUGACUGUUAAGCCCAGCGUACACGGACAACAUUUGUUGUCGAAAACUGGAUUUUUUUAUCCAGACAACUAAAAUUCUUCGCAAUUAACUCAUGCGCGGGUAACCACAACUGCGUCUGGAACACUUGAUCCAAAGAUUCAUCUUGUUUAAUUUUGAGCAUCAAAAAAUCCAGAAACAAAUAAGCCGGGAACAUAACUUCGCUUUUCUGCGGGCAGUCUGGAUCUUGUGAGGUCGUUGCCAUUGACAUCGACCAGUCAGCCUCUAUGGAAAUGUCAUUACAUUACAAACAAAAUGGAAACUGUAACCACUUUUUGGGGUAACAUGACCUGGGCCGUAUAAUGUGACAGUCUUUCGCCGCUGGAAAUGUUGCUCAUGUGCGGAUAACCAAUAUCCCGGAUCAUUCGACAUCGAGAUCUGAAAGUCCGAUUUCGAACAAAUGUCCGUGUGGGCUGGGCAUUAGGAUGUUGACUUCGUGUAUAUUAUAGGCUUUGAAUUAUAGAAAUUUUAACGUGUAUGUCUACGAUUAAUUGAAAUUUGCGUGUACCAAAUAGAAAUUGCUGAUGACUUUGCCAAUGUUCUGUGAUCUAAAAAUCUAUGGGCAGCUUGUGUAAGUGACAGGACUGGAUGUCAUAAGCAAUCAGCAUAAUUGUAUUGCUCAUAAUGGUACAGAAUUUCAAAUGUUAUUUUGUAUUGUUUUUUGUAUUGUUCUAGUUUUAAAUGUUUAAAUGCUUUUGUCAGUGCUAUUUUUUUUUUUUUUGAAAUCGUACACAUACUUUACUUCUCCAAGCAUUCCAUAAAUUAACUGGGUUAACCUUUUUACGAAACUCUAAAUUUGGACAAUCCAAUGGAAGAGUUAAGACGAGCAUGUGUGCGAGUGUUUUCAUGGGAGUUGUUAAAGAUAUUGCUUGACUCCAAUGGUGCUGACAAUUAUUACCUGUCUGACGCUAUUGUUUCAAUUAUAAUGGCUUUUAUCAAGUAUUAUAAUAAAUUUGCUUC